AUGACGGCUGGAGACUGGAAGGCGGCAGCUGCUGCCAAACGGCAGGCCAUCCUAGAUGCUAUUCCUGCCAAAUGGAGAAUCCAGGAGCCUAUCCCUUCCCCGUCCAAACUACGAGACGUCACUGGCUAUAUCCAACAGUUCCUGAGCCCGCGGGAGCUGGAGAUCACCGAGAACGAUGCCGCUGAUAUUGCACAACAGACGACAACAGGAAACUGGACUGCGGUUGAAGUAGCUGAGGCUUUCUGUCACAGAGCUGCCCUGGCGCACCAGCUUGUACAUUGCCUACAUGAGGUGUUCUUCGACGCAGCUAUUGAAGACGCGAAGAGACUAGAUGCAUACUACGCAGAAUAUCAGAAGCCCGUCGGACCUCUGCAUGGGCUGCCAGUCAGUCUGAAGGACCAAUUCCAUGUGCGAGGCGUGGAGACAACGAUGGGGUACGUCGGUUGGAUUGGCAAGUUUCAGGGAAAUAAGGGCGAUCCCAGACGGGGCAUCUUUGAGAGCGAGCUUGUUAGGGAGCUCCGGAAGCUAGGAGCGGUGCUAUACUGCAAGACAAGUGUUCCUGCUACUUUGAUGACGGGAGAGACCGUCAACCACAUCAUCAAGUAUACCACGAAUCCCAAGAACCGGCUGCUUUCGUGCGGAGGCAGUUCUGGCGGCGAGGGUGCGCUGAUCGCCCUGAAGGGAUCUCCCGGUGGGUUCGGAACAGAUAUUGGGGGUAGCGUUCGGAUACCGGCUGUUUUCAAUGGCCUCUACGGAAUGCGUCCUUCGGCCGGGCGUAUCCCGUACGAGGGCGCCGCAAACUCGAUGGAUGGUCAGAAUACAAUCUUGUCGGUGAUCGGGCCACUAGCCUCGACAGCCCGCUCCCUGCGACUGCUCUUCAAGGGUGUACUCAGCCAGGAGCCCUGGUUCCAUGAUCCGCUGGUGGCUGAGAUACCCUGGCGUGAUGAUAUUGAGAGUGCUACACGUGCGCUGGUGGAACAAUCAGCUACUGAUCCCAGUAAGCUGGCUUUUGCCAUGAUGUCUCAUGAUGGCAUGGUUAAACCUCAUCCUCCCAUUGUACGAGCUAUGAGAAUUGUGGAAGAGACCCUGAAGAAGCUAGGACACAAGAUCAUCGAAUGGAAGCCGCCAUCUCACAGCAUUGCCGUCGACUUGGCUGUGAGAGCCUACAACGCCGACGGCGGAGCAGACGUUGAGCACCAUUUUGGUCUGUCCGGAGAAGAACCCCCCUCACCGAUCUUGGUCAAACUUGGAGUCGGGCUCCCACACCGGUCGGCGCGGGAGGUCGCCUCACUGAACGUGGAGAAGCGAGAGUAUCAGAAGCUCUAUAUGGAAUAUUGGAACAGCACAGCCGAGCUGACAGAUACUGGACGGCCUGUGGACGGGGUUAUCUGUCCAUGCGCACCACAUGCAGCUGUGAAGCCCCAGGAGUAUCGCUCCAUUGGAUACACGGCAUUCGUGAACCUGCUGGACUACACUAGUGUCGUGUUCCCGGUAACCCAUGCCGAUAAGUCCAUCGAUGUGCCUGAGCCAAGGACCGAGUUUCUGGGCGAUUUGGACGAACUGACUUAUAUUGAUUACGAUGCCGAGACCUAUGACGGGGCCCCAGCCGGGCUCCAGAUCGUCGGACGUCGCUUCCAGGAGGAGAAGAUGCUGACACUGGCCGAAUACAUUGGCGAAAAGGUCAAGAAGGCAACAACAUGA